GUCACGUGGCCCCGCAUGGCGGGCGGGGGGGGCGCGAGCGCCGCCCAGCGGCGGCGGCGGCGGAAGGAGGAGGACCCCGGGGUGCGGCUCUCGAAGGCUCUGAGCUACGUCCUGCGGCACGGGGCUGCGGCCGAGGGGCUGCCCAUGGGCCCGGACGGUUUUGUGGAGGUGGGGGCUCUGCUGCGGCUGCGGCGCUUCGCGGGGGUCUCGGAGGGGGACGUGCGCAGGGUGGUGGCCGCUGACCCCAAAGGUCGCUUCGCCCUCCGGCCCGACCCGCUGAGGGUGAGAGCGAACCAGGGACACUCCCUGCCGGUGCCAGAGCUGGAGCUGACCCCCCUGCUGACCCCCGGGGCGCUGCCCCCGACCCUCGCCCACGGCACCCGGCGCCGCCUGUGGGGCGCGAUCCGGGCGGGGGGGCUGCGCCCCAUGGGCCGCCAGCACCUGCACCUGGCGGGGGGGCUGCCCGGGGACCCCGGGGUGCGCAGUGGGAUGAGGUCGGACUCGGAGAUCGCCAUCAUCAUCGACGGCCCCCGGGCGCUGGCUGACGGGAUCCCCUUUUUCCGCUCGGCCAACGGGGUGAUCCUGACACCGGGGGACGCCCAGGGCUGCGUCCCCCCCAAAUAUUUCCUGCGGGUUCUGCAGCUGCGGCCGCACCGGUGUGAGCUGCCUCUGGACGGGCCCUGGGACGAGGGGGGGGAGAGACCCCCGGACGAGGAUUUGGGGGGGGUCUGAGCCCUCCCCCAAGAAUUUGGGGGUCCACACGCACCAAUAAACCCCCCAAACACCA